AUGGCCAAAGUCGAGCAUAAGGCGGUCCUGAUCGUCAUUGACGGUUGGGGCAUUCCUUCCGCAACGUCCCCGCCCGAAGGCGAUGCCAUUGCUGCGGCGAAUACCCCAUUCAUGGACGGGUUCAGAAAGGAGGGCUCAGAGACGGCUCAAGGCUAUACUGAACUCGAAGCUUCCGGUCUGGCAGUGGGCUUGCCUGACGGCCUCAUGGGCAACUCCGAGGUCGGCCACUUGAACAUCGGGGCUGGCAGAGUGGUAUGGCAAGAUGUGGUCCGCAUUGACCAGACGAUCAAGAAUGGCGAAAUGAACAAGGUCCCCAAUGUUGUGAAAUCCUUCCAGAGAGCCAUUGACGGCAAUGGUAGACUUCAUCUCCUUGGUCUGAUCAGCGAUGGUGGAGUCCACAGCCACAUCAACCACCUCUUCGCCCUCCUCGAGGUCGCCAAAGAAAUGAAAGUGCCCAAGGUUUUCAUCCACUUCUUCGGCGACGGUAGAGAUACCGACCCCAAGAGUGCGGCUGGCUACAUGCAGCAACUGUUGGACAAGUUGAAGGAGCUAGGAACCGGAGAGUUGGCCACGGUUGUCGGGCGCUACUACAUCAUGGAUCGAGACAAGAGAUGGGAUCGUGUGGAAGUCGGCAUGAAGGGCGUCGUCCUCGGUGAAGGAGAGGAAUCCACCGAUCCAGUCGCCACGAUCAAGUCUCGGUACGAGAAAGGCGAGAACGACGAAUUCCUCAAACCUAUCAUUGUUGGUGGAGAUGAGCGAAGAGUCAAGGAUGGAGACACCUUGUUCUUCUUCAACUAUCGCUCCGACCGCGUCCGAGAAGUCACUCAGCUGCUGGGUGACUACGACCGAUCCCCGAAGCCGGAAUUCCCUUACCCAAAGGAUAUCCAGAUCACCACCAUGACCCAGUACAAGACCGAUUACAAAUUCCCUGUCGCGUUCCCUCCACAGCAUAUGGGUAAUGUGCUCGCCGAGUGGCUUAGCAAGAAGGGAGUCAAGCAGUGCCACGUUGCCGAGACGGAGAAAUAUGCCCACGUCACAUUCUUCUUCAAUGGUGGCGUUGAGAAGCAGUACGAGGGAGAGGAUCGAGAGAUGAUCCCCAGCCCGAAAGUGGCAACAUACGACCUGGAUCCUCCGAUGAGUGCACAAAAAGUGGCGGACAAGCUUAGCGAACGGAUCUCCGACCACAAGUACGAAUUCCUGAUGAACAACUUUGCUCCUCCCGACAUGGUGGGCCACACUGGAGUCUACGAAGCCGCCAUUAAAGCCUGCACCGCCACGGAUGCAGCCAUUGGUAGCGUGUACGAAACCUGUAAGAAGGAAGGUUACAUUCUGUUCGUGACUGCGGACCAUGGCAACGCCGAAGAGAUGCUGAAUGAAGAGGGCACUCCCAAAACCUCCCACACAACCAACAAGGUUCCUUUUGUCAUGGCGAACGCCCCUGAAGGAUGGAGCUUGAAGAAGACGGACGGUGUUCUUGGAGACGUGGCGCCAACGGUGCUCGCGGCGAUGGGCUUGGACCAGCCGGAGGAGAUGAGCGGGAAGAGUUUGCUGAUCAAGAAGUAA